GGUUCUGGUAAGGAAGCCUUCAAUGGCAGAGUCAAAUUGAUAAAUUUACACUAAAUAUUAAAAUUAGAAGUAUCGUCUCUACUCGUGCCUACCUGUCUCAAAUGUCCCGCAUAACACUGGCAGCUACACCACGCACCUUUAUCUAUCUGUAUUCUAUAGCAUUAUGUACGAUCUGGAACGAGGGUCCCCAUAUCCAACAAGGAAAAUUAAAAUAAUUAAGAAAUUGAAGAAUUGCUUAAGUACGUAGCUAAAUACAUAUUAUGGCCAUUACUGAAGCUUGAGAUGAAACUAAUAAAUCCCCACACGUUAAAAUCAAUCAUAGCGUAUAGGCUCUACACCGUGUCAAAGAUCUCUAACACUUCAAGAGCCUCAAGGUCCCCGCCCACGCCCUCAUCAGCCCCUAACCACGGCCUUGGACCCCCAAAUAUCCGGGUAUAUAUGCGCGCGCGCCGCUGGGCCGCCACUCGCGCGUCGCCCUCCGCGCCGAACGCCUGCGCGCCAACCAUCGCGAUGCGUGUGCUCGUGUUUGUGUGUUUUGUUCUAAGUGCGUUGAACCUGUCAGACGCGUUCUGCGCGAACUGCGCGAGCGACGUCGACCUGACAGAUGUGCGGUUGGAGUUUGUGAAGAGACAGAUCUUGAAGAAAUUGCGGUUGAGCAAGAAGCCGUCGGUGGCUGUGCCGGUGAACAGCCUGCCGAUGCCGGUGGCGCAGGGGCAGACUCUGAGUCAGGGCACGGAUAAGCCACCUGAGUUUGAUGACUACUAUGGGAGAACGGAGCAGAAGAUCAUCUUUCCUGUUGAAGGGGAGUGCCUUACGUCGGGUCGAUACCCGUUUACGUGUCUGCAGUUCGAGCUGCCCCCAGACCUGGAGCCCGAGGAGGUGACAGUCGUCGAGCUCUGGUUUUUCAAGGAGCCCGAUCCACUAGACGAAUACAACCAAACGUUCGUGAUCUCCGAAGCGGCGCACUGGGACAGCCAACAGCAGUUCAAGAAAACAAGACCCAUCGCCAUCAAAGAGACGGAUACAGGAGAAGGCUGGGUUAGAGUGGAGCUGGCGUGGGCGGUCAGGGUGUGGCUGGAGGAGCGGGAGAGGUUACACACACUUCACGUGGCUUGCAGGACUUGUCAGCUCCGCCGCUCCCCCCUCUCAUUUCACGAGAAGCGGCGUCCAUUCCUCGUACUCUACACGAAAUAUGCCGGGAAAAGAAGAAGAAACCGCGCGCUGGAGUGCGGCUCCGGCACUACAGACUGCUGUAGAGAACCGCUCUAUGUCGACUUUAAGACGAUAGGUUGGGCAGACUGGAUAAUCAAGCCGGCGGGCUACCACGCGUACUUCUGUAAGGGCAACUGUGCGCCAAUCUCGGCCGUCACGCAGACGGGAAGCUACCACAAUAAUAUUAUUAGAAAAUAUUUCUACACGGUGGGCAAGCCGGAGUUCAAGCCAUGCUGUGCACCAACCACCUUCAGCUCUCUGCAGCUCCUGUACAUGGAUUCAAAUAAUACUGUGACGCAGAAAACCCUGCCCAACAUGGUGGUAGAAACUUGUGGGUGUAUGUGAUGAUAGUCUUGUUCUCGACUUUCGAAUACAACGUAUCGUAGGCAAAUAGAAAUUCGAGAAACAAGAGGAUUAAUCGAUAUUACAAUGUGUUGAGCAAAAUUGUGCCCAAUUUAAAAAAACUCAAAUAGUUCAACUUUUUUUAUUUUAUUUUUCUUGACAGCACGUAUUUUACUUUUCUGUAGAAUAAAUCCUUUUUCGGGCUACAUCUAUACAAGUCUCAUUUUUUUAUAAGUGCUCAAAUCUGCUAUUUACAGAACAAAUUUUUAAUUAAAUAAAUAACAUAAUCUGUUAUACCGAAGUACAUAGUCAGACCAAGCUAAGUUGGCAGCGAAUUUUAAACGUCAUGACGUUAACACAGGCUGGGCUAUCAAAAUUGCUGAAACUUAGUUUGGUCUGACUCUAGAUACCGGUAAAAAAUGGUUUUCAAUGGGCCAGUGGUAUCAGUGGCAUGCGAUUGUAACUGUAAUGUUAUUUGUAUUUUUUCUCAGCUUCAUUUGUAGUUGUAAGAUAUACGUAAUUAUUUGUGAAGAAGAGUCUCUUUUAGGAAAUUUUCUCGAAAGCAAGCGACAAGAAGUGGGUGGCUGCUUGGCGCUUGCACUUGUGAAAGAGUUUUUGUUGCGUUAAUAUAAUAUACGAAUGAAGAUGAGCGCAAGAAUGGGGUUGGCCGUGCAAUAGUAGAUUGUUAACCAAGGGAUGAAAUGCAUCCAUUCAUGUGGAGAUAGUUUAAUUGAGUCCCAUAGAUAGUCCAAGACUGAAAUAGUGCCUUUUACCCGACUUAAACACUCUACUAUUCAUACGAAGAAAGUAAAAUGCACGUUUAAAAAAAAGGCAUGACUAAGUAUAAAGUUUCAUAGCAUUUCUUGAGGAUACUUU